AUGCAUCGAUUUGAAUCUCACAAGAACAUCUCUUCUACAUCAUUGGGAAGUGUGAUCAGUCUUUUAAUUAUUUUAAUUUUUAUUUCUGGUAAUGUUUACUCUUUGCAGUGGCUGAAUCCUUUCUUUCAGCAAUGUUCAGGAGUUUCUUCGAAAAUGUCGGGUUCAAUUGAUGAUAUUUAUAUUGAAAGUUGGAUUCCUGAUGGAUUUUCAUGUGAAGAUGUACUUUAUACGGAGAAGGUCAAGUGGGAUGGUGAACGAAUUAAUAUUGUUUCGAAUGAAAAUAUUUGCAAAAAGAUUAGGAAUUUGGAGGUCAAGUGGAAUAGAACUUGUAUAGAUGUAUUAUGUGGUGGAUUACCAGAAAAUUCCAUGCACAAUUUGAUGAAACAUUCGGAUAGUUCAGUUGAGGAAUGGAUCAAUGCAUGUCAAUAUUGUGGAAAUAACAGUGUUGUGUUUAGAGAUUUGGUGAGGAGAAGGGAAUGUAAAGCAAACAAUGAGAUUGUACAACAGGCCAUUACCAAUUUUCCAACUUCAAUGCUAUUUUGUGGAACAUUCGAAUAUGGAAUUCCAUUCCUGUUCAAUAAUUCAAAAUCUAAAACAAGUGAACUGUCCAAAAAUGAAUUUUCCUACUAUUGCACUUGUUUAUCAAAUGGAUACUACCAACCAAAAUGUUUACCUUAUAAUAGUGACAAAAUAAUUCACAUUGCCAUUCGUGCAUUGUUGGAAUCUAUUAUUGUUGGAGAGUUUUUUAUUGGAUUAUUUAUUGUGUUUAUUCCAAAACUGGUCCAUUCAAUCAGAACAAAGUCAUUCUUUCACAUGCUCACCAUUUCUUACACAAUGCUCAAAUUAUUGAUAGAGGCAAUAUUUUACAUGUUUGCUGUUGUGUUAGAUCCAGAAGACGGUAUUGCCUUAAUUGUACCAACUAUUAUUGAUUGUUUGAAUAUUAUAUUAUUGUUGGCACUCUUCUCAUGGUUGGGAGGUUGGAUGAGGAAGGUUUUGGUUUUUUUCAAUAAGAAGAAUUUAAUUUACAGCUUGUUGAUUUAUGGAAUUCCAUUUCUAAUGUCAUUUUUUGGAGUUGCAGUUCCAAUAACUAUGCUUCUUGUUUUGCCAAAGGAACGUGUCUUGACCAAAGUUUACUUUUUGAAUGGAUUUUCACUUGCUCUAUUAGUAUUCGUAAUUUUUGGAAUAAUUAUUGGAAGAGCACUGAAGAAAGUUUCAGAUGUGAGCAUUUGGAAAAGUCAGUUUGCCAAAUAUCUUGUAUUUAUCACUCUAGUUUACAUUGCAUUCUGCAUUUCUAUUGCCCUAAGUCUUGGCAUUUCCAAUGAAAGUGCUCUGAAACAAACCCUCGACAUAUUAUCAAGCUUAAUUCUCCUUCUCGUUACAGCCAGUUUACUCAACAUUGAAUUCGAAAUGGAUGAAUUGAAAUCUUGCUAUUCCUGUUGUUUCAAAUCCAAACAAAAUUUUUCCUCCAAUCAUUCACCACUUCUUCUUCAUCAUCAUCCAGAACAAUCUAGCACUAAUUACUAUUCUGAAGUUAUUGGAAAUUGA